AUGUAUAACAAGCUGACCAGGGACGACUAUAUCAUCGUUGCUGUGUUCAAGUCUGCGUUCCAAGGCAAGUCGUUUGGUGCACAGCACAAUGCGUAUGGCGAGACUGUAUUUACCACGUCGAUCACAUCGUAUCCCGAUUCGCUCACCGACCCUUCCUACCAAGGCCAGCUGCUCACAUUCACCACACCGCUGAUGGGCAACUACGGCAUCCCCGACAACCGCACGCCUGGAUCCGCGCGUGAACAUCCGAUGGACGUGGAUAUUGGCUGCUUCCUUGAGUCGAAAAACGUGCAGGCAGCCGGCGUAAUUGUAAGCGAGCUGUGCGAGCGUUUCUCGCACUUUCAAGCCGUCGAGUCGCUGGCCUCUUGGUGCGCGCGUCACAACGUGCCGGGAAUCCAGGGUGUGGAUACGCGUCAGCUGACUACGCUUUUGCGCAAUCAGGGCUCGACGCUGGGCGCUAUCUUGGUUGGCGAGGACGCUGAUCAUGUCCCCAGCCCCGAUGCGUUUAUCGACCCGAUGGAGGAGAACCUUGUGGCAAAGGUGUCGGUCAAGUCUCCGCAAACCUUUCAGCCCAAGGGCGGCGCAGCGAAUGCGCGUGCGCACAUUGCGCUCAUGGAUUUCGGUAUGAAGGGCAACAUCCUUCGCUCGCUCCUGCGCAACAAUGUCUCGGUCACCGUCGUUCCUUGGAACUACGAUUUCAACAAGGCCCGCGAUCAAUUCGAUGGUCUCUUUCUCAGCAACGGGCCCGGAAAUCCAGCUUCUAUCAUGCAGUCUGUCGACAUUGUCCGCCGCGCGAUAAGCGAGUGGGACCGGCCGAUCUUUGGUAUUUGCAUGGGUCACCAAAUCAUUGGCCUUGCUGCCGGUAUCCGCGCAUACCGCAUGAAGUUUGGCAACCGCGGCCAUAACCAGCCGGUGCUUGCACUUGGAUCAGGGAACAUGCGCGUCAAGCCAGGCCGCGUAUACAUUACCUCGCAAAACCACGGAUACGCACUUGCAUACAAUGAAGAAGGCGAGGAUGCGUGGCCGCAGGGCUGGGCGCCAUGGUUUAUCAACGCAAACGACUGGAGCAUCGAGGGGAUUGUCCGCUCCGGUGCGCUCGAGUCGGGAUCGAAGCAGGCACCCGUAUGGGGCGUCCAAUUCCAUCCCGAGCAUGCGGGCGGGCCUGAAGAUACCAACCCGCUCUUUGACGACUAUAUCGAGCAAGUGGUUCAGUACAAGGCACUACGUGAGGGGAAGAGUGCGUCUGCGUAA